AAAAAAGAAUUGAUCGCUCGAAUGAGACAAGCUUGCUGAAAUGUUGUGUCCUUAACAUGCUCUUUCUACGAUAAAGUGGCCAACUAUUUGAUUUUACCAGUAUAUUUUCUUUCGACAUUCCGUCACUUCUCACAGUCCUUCCUUUAAACAAGAUUAGUGAGCAACCUGCCUAAGUUUCGCUCUUUUGAGGCAUUUCCCUAUCACUUUCGUUGUACAUCGUUUAGCCGUUGUAGCUAGGCGAGGGGAGAAAAGGAAGAUUAUAUCAAUAAUUUCAGAAUAAUAAUAAAGAAAAUGCCUAUUCUUGAGUUCGUCACAAACAUUUCUUCCACAUCAUUGGCGGAUGGAUUUAUGGACAGGACAGCAAAGUUUACAGCAGAGAGGCUUGGAACACCGUCAAAGGCUGUUGUCGUGAUGAUCAACCACGCGGACAUGUUUAGAUUCAACAGCGACGAGCCGUGUAUGCUGAUCAAACUGGCAUGCGUCGACGCUUUCAACGACCAGGAGAAAAAUAGAGAGUUUAGCAAGGACUUCAUCGACUACGCUGCAGCAGAAUUUAAUAUACCUGCAGAAAGAAUAAACCUCUUGAUGGAAAACCAGUCAGUAUGGCGAAUCGGUUUACCAGACGGCCGUCUCCUUGGCGACAGGAUAAAAGGCGGGAAAUAACAAUGGAACAUCAGACUAUCAAUAACAAGAGAUAGAGCGUCUUGUAUAAGAACAGAACACUGGCCAUGAUGGCAGAUUCGAACUGAAAACUUUUUUCGGAGAAAUUUUUUUAGAGAGAAAUUGAGACCUCUCAUUCCCUGAAGUAUAUGAUUAUUGUUAAUUGCUGUAUUUUAUAGAUUUAUUUAUUCUGAUAAUUACUCAUUCAUCAAUUUCAUAUAACUUUUCAUUUUUGCAGAUUCAUUUGUUUCAUUUUUUUCAUGUAUUCAACUUAUUCGCUUUUUUUAAUUCUUAUUAUUUUCUUACUUAUUGAUUUAUAUGCACCCACAUAUAUCUUAUUUUAUCAUUUGCUCAUGUUGCCUCAGUUUUUCUCUAUCUACUUGCUAUUUAUUCCUGUUAUUUCUGUAUGUUCCGACUUCAUAACUGGUCCAAUGAUGCAAACAUAUUUGCACAUGCUGAAAAGCAAUGAUCAUCGAAUUUAUCUACAAUGUGUUUAAGUGUUGAUAAGUAUUAAUUAUUCUUUAUCUAUUCAUUUAUUUAUUCAGUGCUUUUUAUUAUACCUACAUGUAGAAGCUUCGCGUUUAUGCACGUUUAUUAUCUUUAGCACUUAAUAGUUGGCUGGCAGGGUCCUGCCUUUAUAUUUAACUCCUCCCCAUUCCAAUAUUCAUGAUUGUUUUAAUAUGUCACCUUGAAAUACAUUUCGUUCAUUACCCGAACACUUUAGCAUAUUGAUGGGUGUCAUAUUGGCAAUAUAGGCUAGGAAUAUCUGGCUAUUAAGCCCAAGGAUGAAUUCAUCAGUUUAUCUUCUAUAAAUUGCCAGGUAUAGGACUAAUUGAUAGAUAAUAUACUUGAAAUAGGAUUAUCGUUAUUGGUUGACUGGAGCUAUAGAUUGCAUUUUCGUUGAAUUAUGUGAUGAGUGAUAUCCAGUGGAUAUAUUAUAUGUCACCAGACUAUAGAUCACAGGUACGAUUCCCGCCGAGGGGGGGUGAUCACCUCCUGCAUCACCACCCCUGAUCUUCCAUUGAUAAGAUAUAAGAUGAUAAAGAUGUGUAAGAUAUUAAUGUUUCAUUAAUUGAAUUACAUUUUAAUGUAUUCAGUGAUCUACAAAUAAACAUGUAAAACAUUGGAUUUACA